CGGCGGCGGCGGCGGAUGGGCGGGCCGGAGGAGGGGCUCCCCCGCCAGUCCCGUCUCGGCCGAGGCAUCGCGUGCGAAAGCAGGCGGAGGGGGCCGGGCCGGCGGGGCUCCAGCUGGUCACAUGGAGCCUCAGCUGGGCCGAGGCGCGGAGGAGGCGGAGGCGGCUCCUGCUCUUGCUGCUGCUGCUGCUGCUACUACUACUACUACGAGGGCCGCUCGGGGCUGCCUGGCAGGCGCCUGCUGACGACGACGAGGCAGCAGCGGUUGCCCGAGCGAGCGAAGUGGCGCAGGACGGCUAGGCGAGAGCUCAGCAGCCGAGGCGCACCUCUCCGCGCCGCGCCCCCUGUCCGGCCGGUCCCGCUUCGCCCCCGACAAAGGAUGUGUUUGGUGGUCGCCGCGAUGAAAGCUCAAAUUGAAAUUAUUCCAUGCAAGAUCUGUGGAGAUAAAUCAUCAGGAAUCCAUUAUGGUGUCAUUACCUGUGAGGGCUGCAAGGGCUUUUUCAGGAGGAGUCAGCAAAGUAAUGCCACAUACUCCUGUCCUCGUCAGAAGAACUGUUUAAUUGAUCGAACUAGUAGAAAUCGUUGCCAACACUGUCGUUUACAGAAAUGCCUUGCUGUGGGGAUGUCCCGAGAUGCUGUAAAGUUUGGUCGAAUGUCAAAAAAACAGAGGGACAGCUUGUAUGCAGAAGUGCAGAAACACCGGAUGCAACAACAACAGCGAGAUCACCAACAACAACCUGGAGAGGCAGAGCCAUUGACACCAACAUACAACAUCACUACCAAUGGGCUAACAGAACUGCAUGAUGACCUCAGUAAUUACAUUGAUGGCCAUACCCCUGAAGGUAGCAAAGCAGACUCCGCAGUUAGCAGCUUCUACUUAGACAUACAGCCUUCUCCAGACCAGUCGGGGCUCGAUAUUAAUGGAAUCAAACCAGAACCGAUAUGUGACUACACCGCUGCAUCGGGCUUCUUCCCUUAUUGCUCUUUUACAAAUGGAGAGACUUCUCCUACUGUGUCCAUGGCAGAAUUAGAACAUCUUGCACAGAAUAUUUCCAAAUCACAUAUGGAAACCUGCCAGUAUUUGAGGGAGGAGUUACAGCAAAUAACAUGGCAAGCUUUUCUACAAGAAGAAAUUGAGAACUACCAGAGCAAGCAGAGGGAAGUAAUGUGGCAAUUAUGUGCAGUGAAAAUAACAGAAGCGAUACAGUAUGUGGUGGAGUUUGCCAAACGCAUUGAUGGCUUUAUGGAACUGUGUCAAAAUGAUCAAAUUGUGCUUCUAAAAGCAGGGUCUUUAGAGGUUGUAUUUAUCAGAAUGUGCCGUGCCUUUGACUCCCAGAACAACACAGUGUACUUUGAUGGCAAAUAUGCUAGCCCCGAUGUAUUCAAGUCACUAGGUUGUGAAGAUUUCAUGAGUUUUGUUUUUGAAUUUGGAAAGAGUUUGUGUUCUAUGCACCUUACCGAAGAUGAGAUUGCAUUAUUUUCAGCUUUUGUUUUACUGUCUUCAGACCGAUCAUGGCUUCAGGAAAAAGUGAAAAUAGAAAAGCUGCAACAGAAGAUUCAGUUAGCUCUUCAGCAUGUCUUGCAAAAGAACCACCGAGAAGACGGAAUCUUAACAAAACUAAUAUGCAAAGUGUCCACUUUAAGAGCACUGUGUGGCCGACAUACAGAAAAGCUUAUGGCGUUUAGAGCAAUAUACCCAGACAUUGUGCGACUUCAUUUUCCUCCAUUAUACAAGGAGUUAUUCACUUCAGAAUUUGAGCCAGCAGUGCAGAUGGAUGGGUAAAUGUAUCACUUAAGCACUUCUAGAAUGUCUGAAGUACAAACAUUAAAACAGAAAAGGAGAAAAAAGCUAAAAGAAACAAGGACACUUUAUAUGGCCCUGCAUAGACCUAGAGAGACAACACACUGCACAUCUUCUGGCAAACAGGGUCAGGCAAAAAGGAUGGGAAAAAUGAAACAAAAGUUGAACUUGUUUUUCUCAUGCAUAUGAUUUCCAUGAUGCCUACCGAUAUGGACCCUUUUUCUGUUUUGACUUCUGUCUUUGACCUGUUUACGCAGAAUGAGGGUACUAAAAAAUCAGGAGGUUUCCUUUUCUUUGUAACUCACUGCCUACAGACUUUCAUAGAACAUUUUUUAGUAAGAACAGAAUCUCCAGCUAGAAACCAGCGACUGGUGUGCAUUGCAGAGGCUUCAGCAUCAGUUUGCACAACUUGCUCAUUGUUUCAUGAAGGAUGAUUUCUUUUCACCCUACCGUUGCCAGUAGGCGGAAUGGCAUGAAAAGGGUCCAUAGCAAUAGUUACAAUAGCAUUAUAAUCUAUUACAGGGUAAAUGGGCAUGAAGUCUAUAUAUAGCAAAAGAGAUAUUGUUUAUAAUAUUGUUUUAAUUAAUAUAAAAUGUAGUUACUGGUAUAGCUUUUAUUGUUGAAUUGAUAAGGCACUUUCAUUUUGCACCUUUUUCUUUUAAAUUAUAUGCUAGCGUGUUCAUUGUCGUGCUGCAUGUGCACCAGAAAUUCAAGUUUAACUGAGGGAGACUUGGAAGGGUUAGGGACACUGCAAGGUGUUUAUGCUGCUGUUUUUCAUAUUCACUUUUUAAAGAGAGGCUGGUCACAUCAUGAAAUACCUUCAGUGAUUUUGUGUAAUGGGGCAGGGAGGUAGUGGGAAAGACAAGUUUCUAAACUGCUAGUUUCAGCUUGUGUUUUUAAAACACAAGUUUAUUAUACAAAUUAAACAAUCCCUAUUAUUAAACCUGAUUGCUGACAUAGGGAUGAAGAAAUCUAUAUUUAAUCACUUUAAAGGUGCUACUGAAAAAUCACCUCAUUUUUUAAGUAAGCCCACUUAUUUAGGUGAGUAAAUAUGGAUUCAGACAGCCAAAUUUUAGACACCUGUGUUUUGGAAAUAUUGCUCCUAAUACUUUUGUUUACAUUUAAAGAGUGUGUGUGUGUGUGUCUGUCUGUCUGUCUGUCUGUGCUUGCACCAUUAGUCCAUACGCUGAGGCAGACAGGGUACAAUCCAUCACGAAGUUCUCUUGUGCAGUCCCCAUUGAAAUGAACAGGAGCUAACCAAAGUGCAAUAGUGUUUCCUGGUGGAUUGUUUCAAUAGCCUUUAAUCCAAUGCACAGUUAAGAGCACCUAAAUCUCUUUAGUAUUUAAGCUUGAAUAACUGUUUAUUGGAUUGCGGCACUGCUGUUAUUUCAUUUAGUAAAUAAUGGGUUUACAUGUGGCUAUUUACUCCAUAAAGUAAACAAUGAAAUUUAAACAGAUUCUCACUUCUUUUGAAAUCAAAGCGACCUGAGUUGGCAUUGUGUCAACUAAAUAAUAAUAAUAAUAAAAAAUAAAAAUCCUGAAACUCAAGUUCAGCUGAUUUCAGCUGAAGGCUGCACUAUAGCUGCUUAUAUCUAGAGUCACACAUAAGAAACUGUCCAAGAUGGUCAAUUAUGUGAAUAUCGCAUUAUGAAGUAAAAAUACAAUAUUUUGUUCAAAUGAGAUAUCUGACCGUAAGAAAUGAGUUUGGGGAUGGCCUCAAGCCAUGCCUAAUUUUCUCUUUCAACAUUCUGUUCUUCCCCACCUUCUGAGGAAUAAGAUAUUACCACCAAUAAGAAACACCAUACUCUUCAGGCUCAUUUUAACUAGGCCACCAGAACCCCUGAUUUCAUACGUAUAGUUAAAAUGGAUGCCAUUUAGAUGUCAUUUCACACCUUUCCAGACAAAGAAAUGCCUAUACAGUAUGCUUUCUUAGUGGCAAUUAGAUCAAUAUAACUUUGAACUGUACAUGUGAUUUUGAACUUUUCAGGUGGUACUUGUUAGCAGACAUACUGUAAUGCUGUUUCAAGUGUGGUAUUUCCAGUAUAAGUGAAUCACACACCUUUUAGGAAAUAUUUUGUAACUGAAGAGAAACAAAAAAGGACACACAUAUUUAUUGGGGCUACGGAAUACUACUCUCCCCCCCCCUUAUUUCUCUGGAGCAUAUCUUUAAUCUCUCUAGGGGCUUCAUUCAGAAUGUAGAAAUUCUGUAUGAACAUAAACACGUUAAAAACAGAAUUCCAAUUAAUGACUCCAGUUUUAGGGAUUCUUUUCAUACCAAAUGGAGUAUCCAAGGUUGCUUAUUUAGAAUUAUUUUAUUUCAUAGAAUAGUAGAGUUGGCUAUCGAGUCCAACCCCCUGCUCAAUGCAGGAAUCCAAAUGAAAGCAUACCCAGCAGGUGGCUGUCCAGCUGCCUAGUCUUGAAUGCCUCCAGUGUUGGAGAGCCCACCACCUCCCUGGGUCAUUGGUUCCAUUGCCAUACUGCUCUAACAGUUAGGAAGUUUUUCCUGAUGUUCAUUCGAAAUCUGGCUUCCUGCAACUUGAGCCCAUUAUUCCGUGUCCUGCACUCUGGGGUGACUGAGAAGGGAUCUUGGCCCUCCUCUGUGUGACAACUUUUCAAGUACUUCAAGAGUGCUAUCAUAUCUCCCCCCUGUCUUCUCAAAGCUAAACAGUUUUUUCAGUCUCUCUUCAUAGGGCUUUGUUUCCAGUCCCUUGAUCAUCCUUGUUGCACUUCUCUGAACCUGUUCCAGUUUGUCUGCAUCCUUCUCUAAGUGCAGUGACCAGAAGUAGAUGCAGUAUUCACGAUGAGGCCUAGCCAGUAUCCCCCAUCUUCUAACUUUAUUUGUUUUUUCCCCCUAGGUGUAGAAGUUUGCACUUAUCCCUGUUAAAUUACAUUCUAUUGUUUCAGCCCAGUGCUCCAGCCUAUCCCUUUGAAUGUUGUGUCUGUCCUCCAGUGUGUUCACUAUCCCUCCCAAUUUUGUAUCAUCUGCAAAUUUGAUAAGCAUUCCCUGCACCUCCUCAUCCAAGUCAGUAAAAAUGUUGAACAGCAUUGGGCCCAGGACCAAGUUCUGCAGGACCCCACUUGUUAUCUCCCCCCAGUUUGAGAAGGAACCAUUGAUAAGCGCUCUUUGAGUACGAUUCUGUAGCUAACUGGGAAUCCACCUGAUAGUUGUUCCAUGCAGCCCACAUUCAGCUAGCUUGCUAAUCAGAAUAUUGUGAGGCACUUUGUCAGAAGCUUUGCUGAAGUCAAGAUAUAUUGUGCCCACAGCAUUCCCACAGUCUACCAGGGAGAUUACCCAAUCAAAAAAUGAGAUAAAAUUAAUCUGGCAGGAUUUAUUCUUGAAAAAUCCAUGUUGGAUUCUAGUAAUCUAUACUAGCCCAGUUCACACUAGCCAAAUGAUGCCAUGCAAGCAUCUUAGGACCAUGUAAGGCUUGCUGUCAGGAGUUAUUCAUGCAAACACGUUAAUAUGAACCAGCACCUCUAUGUAAGAGACUAUACGCAUGGCUGCCUUCAUGUAUCUCCAGUCUGUGACCACAGCAGUAAAUCUAUAUGCUCCUGAGGCACUUAGGUGGGGAAUGAAGAAAUGGGAACUUCAAACAAUGACCUGUUGCCUUUACUAGUGACCCCAGAUCCUUGGGAAGAAUGCACCUACUAUACAGUUCAACAGACACAGGAAGUGGCAUGACUGGCUCAGAUAUGUGCUUGCUGCUCUGUGUAUAUAGGACCUUACUCAUCCCUUUCUAUAAGGAACUCUCAAAUGCAUGCAGUGAAGACCCCCCUGUAAACAGAGUAAAUAGAUUCCUAGAAAAGCCUGACAAACCCGAGUAUGCUGCAUCUUGAUUGCAUCGAAUGAAUUGAAUUUUGAAAGUUCUCCAAGUAACUGGCAAUAAAUGUCAGUUUCAUUCCUUUUUAAUAGAUGCAAUCCAUGCUUAAAACCAGACUGUUAGCAAACAAGUAUUGUGAAUGUGACCAGCCUCAAGUGCAUGUUCAGUUGAAGCUAAAACUCCAGUAUUUAUCAGCCAAUGCCUAUUAAAGGACUGCCAUUUACUAGGGACAAAAGGUAGAAAGCUGAUUCAAGAGAAAAACAAACAGUAUUCACUUGUGGCAGUAAAUAGGAUAGUUAUAUUUUGGUAUUCACUCUUCAGUCAUGACCUCUAUUAUUGUUAGCAAAUAUUUUAUGGUUAUGUGUUUACACAAAAUAUAUUCAGAUCCUGACUUUGUUCUUACUUGCAGGGAAUGCAGCAUCAUUCCCAAUUUUGCUCCUAAAAUAAGCACCAGAUUCAGUCCUGUCUUAAAAGUCAAGCACUUUAUGUCUAAAAAUUUUGUUAUGUGCCUCCAAGUUGACUAUGACUUAUGGCGACCCUAUGAAUCAGCAACCUCCAAAACCAUCUGUCAUGAACCACCGUGUUCAGAUCUUGUAAGUUCAGUCUAAAAAUUAGACACUUUUAUCACACAGCUUUUUUCCAAAUCCAGCAAUAGGUGCAUAAAUUAGCCCACAUGUUUUCUUUAUCUCAGUUAAUAUAGUAUGCUUUGGCAAAAGUAAAAUGGUGGGAAUUGUUGCUGAUGCCUGUUUAAGAGAUGACAUACUGAAGAACUCAAGAUGUAGCUGGAAGGAUGUAGUUGUCAGCAUCAGAGCAGGGACAAAACCUAUCUGGCAAAAAAGCUGAGAAUAAGGACUAAAAUCUGAAGAUGAUGAGGUAGUAUAUUUAGUUGGAAAACUUGCAGGCUGUAGAUUGAAUUCAAAUGUAUUAAGUGUAGGAGUCUUUCUGGGCUGUACUAUAUAAUCUGUGAAAUUAUAUAAAACUGCUGCAGAUGUUAGGAGCACUCCAAACAUCUGUUGGUUAAAAUUGUUUUGGGUUUUCAUCUUCCAUCCCAUUUUGCUGGAAUCUUUAAGGCUUUUAAAAUAAGCUGUGUAGUCCUAGACCACAGUGAUGUUCUUUUGUGUCUCUAGAAUUUUCAUACCAUUUUUAAACUAUGAAAUGACAUGAUGUGAGAUACUGUUUUAAGUUUGGUUGUUCUUUUAAGGAGCUUUUAGAUCAUCAUCAUCAUGUGGAUGCCAAGGUAUGAAAGUGUGUGCCCUUGUAUGUAUGGUGUGUGUGAUUGUUUCUGGCCAUUAAGUGUCCAUAGAAUAAAGAAAAUGUGUUGAAGAUAUUUAAGACAAAAACAGAAGGUGGAAAAAUAUUCUAUAUAAAGCCUUGUCUGGACCACUUAGAGAGACUUCUAUUUUUUUAACCCUUCUAUAAAUAUUUGAUGGCACUUGAAAUAUUCCUGCAAUAAAAUGUGAUUUGUUUAAAGAUUAACAAACAAAAAGAUUUUGUAAUGUGAAACAAUGAAAGCAAGCAAUGUAAUUUUUCUAAAAAAGAAAAAAACAAACGAACCAACUUUGUAUUAUUUUUGUUGAUGGAAUUUGUCUACUUCUCUUUGGAAAACUUUUUAUUUCAUUGAAUGUGCCAUAGUAGAGAUGUGGGUUGUGGGUUUUGUUUGUUUGGUUUUAAGAUGACAGGAAAGCUAUUUGUGUUACCAACAUUCCAUAAUGCGUGAGGGCAUAGCAUAAUGAUUAAAAAAAAGAUUUAUUAGUAAGCUUCAGUCAUUGUUGCUUUUUUUGCACAUGUACUUCAUUCCUCUAUAGUGCAAUAUGUACAUAGAGCACUUGCGGGUUUUAACCUUGAUCCCUCAGGGAAAAAUACAUAUUUGUUGUACAGGAAUUUUUUUUUUUGCCUUUUUCUUUUGCUAAGGAAUGUUGAUUGAAUCACUUGUUGUCAAGAGGCAGCCAGAUAAUAAUCCUAACACCACUGCCAAAAAACAUUGAUCAUGUAAUCAUUCAUGCCCUGCCAUUCACAAAAAAAAAAUCUUGACAGUGCGAAUUGGGGAAGAAAAAGGGUAUAUAAGCACCUUAUGAUUGACUUAAUUGUGAAUGACAAUCCAUCUUGUUAUCAAUAAUAGAUGCCCUAUCAUUCCGAAGUUGGGGUUAAAAAGUCUGAAAUUAAUGUGCUCAGGGAUCUUCUAAAAGUCUUCAACAGGGUGGCCAGUACUUCUGAGACAAAUUGCUUUUCAAACAUUUAGUACUAUCCCUCCAUUACACAACUGAACUUGGCAGAAACUAUUUAUAACUAAUUGACUCUCAGCUGUUUGGGUUUUUCUGCUCAGCUUAGUUAAGGACUGACACAAAAUAAUAAUAAACGCUUCCAAUGCUCGUGAGUGUUUUGUUUAAUGUAUUAGAAAAGUGAACUAAUUUUAGCCAAUGAAACAAAAUACUUUAAUUUUAUUUCAGAUAACCACUCUUUAUCAUGUUUUAAAUACUUUUACAUGCCAUCUUGGGACAAAACUACAUGUUACAUUUACUGUGAAAAACCACUGAUUUGUGUUAAUUAAAUUACAGGCACGAUGGGAUGCAUAAAUUCUAACAUAAAUGUAGCACAUAGUGAAGGGAGGUUCCCUCCCCAGCCCUGAUCAGAAUGGAAAUUGCACCUCCCGCAUGGCUAGGGGCUUUAAAAUUCCCACUGGCGCCAAAGGGAUUCCUCAAACACACACUAAAGCCCUUUGCCACAUGGGAAGGGCAGUUUCCAUUCUGAUUAGGGCUGGGGACAGGAGAGGUAAGUCUCUUUUCCCCAUGUGCUACCUUAGGAAGCAAGCAUUCCCUGUACCCUUAAUUUAAAUUAAAAAAACCAAAAACAUAAAGUGCAUCCUACACAGUAAACAUGUAAAUGUAUCUUGCCCCUUGUGGUUUUGCCCAAUACAGAGGCUUCUGGGGCAGAGUUUUAGACAACACUGGAAAAGCUGGCAGUACACUAGAUGUUCCAAAGCAAAUGGGCUCUGUAUUUUUUAAAUUUCUAUAAUAAAGAAACAGUUAUGGUAGUUUUCAUUGAGUGCCAAUACAAAUUUAGCAUCAUUAUGUCUGAAAUUGUAUUUUUAUAUAAAAAUCCUUGUCAGUAUUUUGCAAUAAAAAUUAAUCCUCAUUGCUUAACUCAUUUUGAGCUUAAAGUUCAUUUUACCCUUAAAAACUAUAAUUAUAAACUGCUGUUACAAUGAGAUUCGCAUAACUCAGAAUGCAAUUAGAAAAAUAUUCUGCCCAGAACAGGUUAUUGAACUCCCCUACUGUUGAUACAUGUGCUUCAUUUCAACAAAAUAAAAUAAAAUCUGUGGGGGAUUUUUAGCCACAUAGUAAGCCCCGAUAUAAUCCCAAAAUUAAUAUAAAUAAGUAGCAAGUAGUAUAGUUCCAUCUCUGUGCCAAAACAUGUGGAGAGGGAAUCUAAAAUGUUCUCAAAGGCCCAGAUAGGAGUGUGGAAGGCAGGCAAGCUGCAGUUCUAAACACAGAUCUCUGCUUCCGGAGUGGGUUAGGAUAUAGUGGACAUCCCCGUCUUCUAGCCUCCACUGAUCUUGGGGCUUUGCCACUGUGGAAUACAUGGUGGAGGGGAUGGGGCACAGCUGGACUGGCCAAUGAGUCACUGAAUCCUAAACUGGUUCAUCACCAAGAAAGAGCCAACUCCAGGCCUCCCUGCUGUGCCAGCCUGGAGCUGGGGCAGCAAUACAAAAAAACACUUUAUUACCAGCCCCCACCUUCUGGCACAAGCGGCAGGGCUUCAGAUACCGUAGUGGCUCCACCACUCACUUCUGCCCCCUUGCUACCUAGCCAGAGUGGCUAAGCUCUCUUGGACAUGUGAUGUUUGUGCCUCUUGUUUAUUAAAGCAGGAAAUGCAUUAAAUGAAUUGGAAAUUAAUUAGGCAAGAAUUUAACAUUCACUCUAUUUAGCAGUCAGGCCAAAGACAAAUUGAUUUCAUCAUCUUAGCAGCUAAGACUUAGCUAAAUGGCUGAAUGUCCUUCUCCCCCUCCCCCUCUUCCUAAUUACUACAACAUUGCAAUACAUUUAUUUACAGAAGUAACCACAGUAAAGCAUUAAUAAAACAUCCAUUGCAUGUUGUGUUGUGCUUAAAUUCUGGUUCUCUUCUGAGACCAAAAUGGCUAAAAUGGUAGUUUGCGGAAGGUAGUCUUUUCUUUCUGAUUUAUUAGCAAUUUAGGCUGCAAUCCAAUACAUGUCUACUCAGAAGAAAACUUGAUUGGGUUCAAUGAGACUUACUGUGAGGUACGUGUGUAUUGGAUUGCAGCCUCAAUCCUACAAAAUGAGACAGCUGUGUCAGAGGUACUCAGAUAUUUUUAAGGGAGUGAGCCUGUUUGUGUACCGGAAAGAGUGAUCAGAAUAUUACAGGCUGAAAUCUGUACAUCUAGGAGAGAUUAUAAUCCUAUAAAGCUAAACUAAUUUAGGGUUGCCAUAUUCCAGUUCCACAAAUCCGGGCAGGUUAAGUUGCAUAUUAUGUAAAGUAUUUGCAUAUUAUGCAAAUUAUUUGCAUGUUAUUUGCAUAUUAAUACUUGCAUUGUCCAGUUGUUUUGUUUUUGUGCCUAGGAAUUACCACCAAAAAAUGGGGAAAGAUGUGAGAAAUCUUUUUUUUAAAAGCAACAUUUUUAGCCUUAAAUGCCUAGACUCUAGUUUCCAACACUAUGGAGUAUUUAUUGAUUGAUUAAGAGAAUUUAUAUCCUGCCCUUUUGCUGUUAAAAACAGACCUCAGCACAGCUUACAAAUAUAAUAAAAACAAUAAAAAUACACAAUCAAUAUAAAAACAUAAUAAAAACACAAAAUAGCAACAAACAUAAAGUAAGUCAGGGCAACAGUACGGUUAACCAUAUACGAUAUAUUUCAAAGAUGUGGUGGGUGGAGAAAAACAAGAAGCCAAAAUGUUAGGAAAAGGAGUCUUUCACACCACAUGCUCAGUUGUAAAUACUGUUGCAGCAAGCUUUACAAGUUCCUCCAGUAUUCCACUGGUGCAGGCACUCAGACAUUCAAAGUAUCUGUAUGUUUCUUAGGUUUUAUAAAAGCAGAGCUUUGCUUAACUCAAAAUUUCUUCUCCCUUUGAUCAACCACAUCUACACAGGUUCCACCUCCAUACUCAAAAUGAAACUGGGCCUGGAAGUGUGCAACAACCCCAAACAUACCUUGCUAAUUAGAUUACCAGUGCCAGGAUGUCUGUUUUAUGAACUACUCUCCUGCUCCCCCCCCCCCCCCGGGCAUCAUGAAAGACCCAGUCCUGGGCUCAGAAAGAAAAUAAAUAUCUGGUCCUCUUCAAAGUAUUGAUAAGCUUCUUGUUUUAAUUGAAAUAAUAAUUAUAAAUUCUUGUUCUUAUCACUAAUGGGAGUUAAUUAUCUUGCAUAUGCUGCUGUUGCUUCUAUGGCUGUAACGGAGUGAGGUUAAAGAUAAGUGAAAUGCAAAUAGGAAAAAAAAACACAGAAGGCAGUAACACUUUACUAAAUGUAAUACCAUACCAACCACAACAAGAUUCCUAUGAGUAAGGCAGAAAACUAAGCAUCUCACAACCAAAAAUAUGAUAAAUGAAGAAAUAUUUAUAUAAAAGCAUGACUAUCAAAUAUAUUUAUUAUUUACACAAACUGUAAAGAUAUUUAUAGUGCAAUCCUAGGUUUAUUUAUUCAGAAGCAAGUCCCAGCGUAUUCAGUGGGGCUUACUCAAACAGGGACAGAAAUGCAACUUCAAGUGAUAAGCAACUUCAUUCACACAACCCAAAAUUCCGAAUCAUGCCACUUUACGCUGUUUUGCAACUGUUUAUACUUCUUUUUAUGGUUAUUGGAUUUUAAAUGGCUUUAUUUCUUAUUGUGAGCUGCCUUGGUUUCCAACCCUACCUCACAGGGGUGUCGGAAAGAUUCCAUACAUGCACACGCACAUGCAGACACUGCAGAUGUACAAAUACAUGCAGCCCAUAUAAUAGUUUAUUGUCAAACCAGUUGGUCAUUGCAGAAAAAUCAGUAUUAGUUUUUAAAAAAUCAGUAUUACUUUCCUAUAGAAUAAAAACUCUAAUACCUAAGUAAGCCCUGCCUACUUGCUUUAAAAUAGGACUGGAGGGCACAAACACAAUUCUUUUUUACAUUCACUCCAAAGUCCCAUUGAUUUUCAGCACAUUCAUAACCAUGUCUACUCAAAAGUAAGUCCUAUUGAAUUCAAUGGGAUUUACUCUGGGCAUAUGGGAUUAGCAUUGCUCUUACAAAAAGCAAGCAUUGGGAAGGUUUUCAAAACACUGCCCAAGAUCUGACUCCUGCACACAAGAGGAAAAAAAACUGAAAUGUAUAUACUUACCCAAUUUAUGAGAUUUUCAGAUAAACAGGGGGGAAACCACCAUUUUGUUUUCUAGACACUGCCUCAGAUCAAUGAAACUGAAACACAAUCCCUGAUUGGCUGCAAUGCUGAACGGGCGGGGUUAAAGCUACAAAGUGCUAUAGUACAGUACUGUUUAAAGAAAGAUUUAACAGUCGGGGAGGGGCGGCUGACGUUUUUAUGUAUAUCUCGAGAACCGGACCACCUAGAAACUUAAUUUUUUAAAAAAAUUAAAGCUGAGUAUCCGGGCCACCUAAAGGGCUAGCCAGGCGCCGGGUGGCAUGCAUAGAAUCCGGGUAAAACCCGGCUAACCGGGCAAUAUGGCAACCCUAAACUAAUUAGAAAGCAUAUAUAAUAUUUAUUUUUAUUUUUAUAUUUGUUCUUAAGUGUCUGUACUGUAUUCACAAGUUAUGUAGUGAGGGAGAUAUUAAUAGGCCAGUUCUAAUGUAAAAAAUGUACAGUUCUUCUGGUUAUUUGAUUGUCUAGAUGUUGAGUGCCAGUCAUGCAUAGAAAGAUGCAGAGACACAUCCUCAUGAUCACCUUGUGAUCAAUCUGGUGUCAGAAUGGCUUUAAAAGAUUUUUCGUGUAGAUCUUUCAAAGCUGAGGGCAAAGCAGUUUGGGGGCAACGUUCAUGGAAAGGGUUCAGUUCAACCACUGGAUCUUGAGUUCUAACAAAAGACACUCAAAUGCAUGUAAAUAUGGAUACGUGUUGACAUCAUAAUUGGUUCCUGCCCUUUCCAUGGGGAUAAAACUACAGGACACCAAAGCUAGCUCCAUGUGGAUGUCCAAGGCAACAAUUUGUAGAUUGUUUUCAUUUCUAAGAUUAUUGCCUUAGACUCAUCUAUAAACUUGCAGAAUUGAUGUAAAAUGUUUAGAUGAUUAAUUUGUGUAUUUAUUCCCUUUGACAUUUCCAAAUAAUUACCGUUAUUAUGUUUUAUGUAACCUAAUUACAUAUCAGUUUCUUACUGUGUGUUUGUAAGGCUAGAUUAUUUAGAAGUUAAAGGUCAGGCUGCUGGGGAGGAGGGUGAAAGUACUGGACUAUAAAGGCAAUCUUUUUCAUCAGCUGGAUAAGAGUAUCCUUUCACUUAAAACAAUUGAAAUAAUGUGAAUAGAUUUAACAUUUGUGGCAUUUACACUGCUUCAAUUGAAUAUUUCUGGUAAAGUGGUGAUUAGGAACAAACCAAAGCCCUAUAUAAUCAACCAAUUAAUUGCCAAUUGAUGGAUGAAACAUUUUUACAUUAGUCAAUUCUACAUAGGUUGUAUUGUGAUAACUCACUACUAUACUGCAUAUUCUUAGAGGAUUGUGCAGGUGUCCUCAUGUAUAAAAUGUAUUAUGUUGAAAUUACUUUGUAUACUUUUAAAAAAUAUUUGGAUAUAAAGUAAGGUGUAUUCUACCAUCGCUUUACGUAUAUAAAUGCAUCAAUUGGAUUUUUCCAUUUAUUGGUAGCAGGGCAUAAUAUUAACUCUUCAGAGCAAUAAAUAAACUUAAUCCAAAAAUAAAAUGUUAGCUCUUGCGUGUUGAGGUGUCGUGAAUCUGAAAGCUACAAAUAAUUAUUUGCCAUUCAAAUUUUAUUUUCUGCUGUGGUAUUCACUUUAUUAUCUUUACUGUUCAUCUCAUUGCCUCUUAGGAAUAUUUUUUUAAAAACUGAGCUCAUGGCAUAUUUUUAAUGCCACAUCCUUAUUUUGGUGUGUGCAUGUUUAUUUUCCACACUUGAUCUUUCCCAUACUACUUAGAAAGUUUUACUGAAGAUGCAUAAAUGUACAGGACCCUGCAAUCUGCUUGUUAUCCUCUUAUAUAAAUGCAGACAAUUCAUAAGCAAUAUAGUGAAUUUUAUUUCACAAACCACAGAGGUACUGUAUAUAUAUUUUCUUAACUUCAAAAUUUUCUAUUUUGACUCAACAAAUUUGUAAAAAAAAAAAAAAGACCCCAGUGGUAACUCUUUUGACUAUUAGGAUAUUAACUGGCUGCUUCUUUAUAUGUAAUUGUAUUGUCUGCCUGCUCCUUUUUUCGGAGAUGUGUUUUUGUAUGGAUGUUUGAGCCAAUGGGAGGCUUCAAGCUAUGAUGUAUUUUCCCACCUUAAAUAUAUUUAACAUGACAAACCCCAGACAAGGCUUUUAAAAAUGUAAGAACUGCAGUGUUAGGUGGUUUAUUCGCAAACUGUUCUCAGUGCUAACCAUUUUAUGGCACCUUUAACAAUAUUCUUGUUUCCAAAGUACAAAGUAAAGGUUAAAAAUAUUCUAGCCAUAACUGAAUGUCAAGCAAUAAAAAUGACUUUUUGUGCAUAGAUUUAAAAGAAAUACAAAUUUUAGACAUCUGCAUGUAAAUGCAAAUACCUUGUUUACUGCUUUCUUAAACUUGAUCAACCAACUCCUUGUUUUACUACUAAUUUAAGGACUUGUAAUGGCCUGUACACAAUUUCUCUUGCUCUAAUUCUUAUGUCAUGUUUGUCUCAGCUUCUGAGUCAUACUCUUCAAUGUUGUUCUGCUCACCUUUUGUACGGUUAUAGCUAUUUUGCUUUCAUUCUCUAUAGAUAAAAUAUACUAUUUAAAAAACCUAUGCGGUGCAAAUAUUUAUCUGUUUAUCAAAUACCACAUUAUGCUGUAUGAUAUCUGUUUUACUAUAUACUCUAUUUUAGAAAUAGCUGUUUAGAACUAGAGUGUGCUAUUUUUGUGUUUUUUCUGAUGUGUGGUGCUAGAUAAGUUAAUUUUAUGAACAAAUCUCUUUCCCGUUUUACUCCUAGACAAUCCAUAUUUGGGUCUUGUACUGUUUCACUGAAUAGUUAUGUGUGCAUGUGUAUAUAUAUCUUAUACACAUUUACACACAUGCCCAACGAAGUACCUGUAUCAGAGUACUAGAUUGGGGACACAGUUUUUUCUUUGAAUAUGUAGUAACAUUCUAUAAAGUUGUGUCUAGCAUAUUUAAUCAGGAGAAAAUUAACUCCUCAGUAAUGAUAUUUGAUAUCCAAAUUGCUUCUUGUUUCUCGUCUCUCCCCUGUCCCCUCCAUCACAUUCUUUAUUUUUGAGAUUAAAUUUCUACAACACUUUAGUUAUUCUUUGGCGCAGCACUUCUGAAACUAAGUACUCUAGUAGAACCCAGUUGCUUCAGUUUUGUGUGUCCUCCUUUCAUGUGUAAAGUACUAAAAUAUAGGCCUUUUUUUAAUUGAACAUUCAAAAUUUACUAAUGAUGCAAUUCAGUAUGCCUAAAAUCACUAUGAGGGCUACACUGGGGGUACAGUUACAUUCUAUUGGGAGGGAGAGAAGUGGUGCACAUAGGAGAAUCCACCUGAAAAGAUGGUUCUGACCCAGUUCAAGGACUUCACAGAGAUAAACAGAAAUUAGAGCUACACUAGGUGCAAUCUACAACACUAACACGUAACCCCCUAUGUUUUGGUUCAGACACUCCUGGGGCUGUUGGGAGGCAUUAAUUGUAUGAACAGCUGCAUAUACAUAUAUGCCUAUUUAUAUAUGUUGCCACUGCAAUCAACUGCAAAUUUCAACAGCUGCAUAUGUAUGCUCCUACAUCAAGGAGCCAUUUCAUGAUUAGUGCCUCUGUGUUAACCCACUGAUGACUUAACACACUCCAUAAGCAAGUGCGCAAGGGCUGACAACUGCCUGAAUCAGGCCUAUGGCUCAGUCCCCAUAAGCAACAAUGUUACCAAGGAGUUGUAACCAUGCAGUAGUAAUUAUCAAAGAAGGUUUGUACCUAACCAUAAUAAACCUGUCCUUCCAAUAGGACUAGGAUGUCUGUAUUUCCAGUCCUCCUUGUGUGUUGCCCUAGAUUGUGCCAUUACAACAACUAGCAUGGGCACACUGUACUGUGUUAUCUUGGCUGCCCCAGCUUUUGUGGUUGAUUUGAAUCCCACAACACUACAACCACGGGGGGGGGGAGGUCAGUUGGCAAUGCAAAUAUGCCCUGUGCUGCCACAGAUUUGUACAAUUCAGGGGUUCUACUGCACACACAGAUGCCAAUGCAUCUAAGGGUUGAUCCAUCCUAUGAGCUAUGGAGUUCUCUGUGUAUACAAUAAAGAAUUUCCUCUACGUGUAGUAAUACCAGAAACAAAGCAGAAACUAGAAAGUUUUGGCCUGAGUUUCUAAGACUUGAGAUAUUUAAGUGACUGAGUCACACUAAGAGUGCAGUCCUAUGCACACUCACUUGGGAAUAAGCCCUAUUGGAAUUAAUGGGACUUAAGUUUUACUAGACAUGCAAUAAGAUUGGUAAAUCAUAUUGAAUUCUUGUAUGGACUGUUUUCCAUGUCAGUGCAUACAUAUAGAGAACAAUGAAAAAAUAUUGUAAUGGUGCUGAUAACAUUUUUAGUACUGUUUGUGAUCAUUUAACAAUAUGUUCUUCUUAUAAAGAAUGUGUAUUUCUCUUGACUAUGAAUUUGCUGUAGAUUCAGAAAAUUACAACCAAAGUGUAAACUGGAAUUUGCGUGUGUGGGUUCCCAAUGGCCCACAAAUUGCACAGCCUAAUUCCGAACAGAAUUUGGCACCAAAAGAUACUGCAACGGUAUAACAGUAACUUUAAAAAAUGUGUAAUAGACCAAUUUAGCUAGAACUCAAAUUCUAUCAUUUAUCAUUGUCAUCAUCUCUUGCAAAAUCCUAAUGGAUAUCAAAUAUCAAAAUGUGGGAUAAUACCUUUAAAAUAUUUAUUGCAACUCUUUUCUGUACUAUUACUGAAGUUAUAAGAUCUUUAGCAAAGAUUUUUGAGAAAUCUAAGAAGCUGUUUACUGCACUUUUUGAUAAUAGAGGAUAGUAAAUAUUAAAGCCACAUGUCCUGGUUCCACGCACUGCUUCUGUACUUUGGUUUAGCAAACAAACCAUUAUUCUGAAAAUAAAUACAAAUGUACUUAUCUGCACCCUGGCUAUAUUUUAAUACAUAGAAAGUUUAAAUACCAUCACUCUGAGGAUAAUUUAUUUUAUUUUUUUAAAGCUACAUUCUUCUUUAAAAUGCAAGUCCAUGGUUAUUUUCCAUUCCCUUAUUGGUUCAAAUCACUUUUUAAAAAGAGAAACUUUUAAUUUGUCUAUCACAUACUUUAUAUAAGUAAUGUUUUCCCUAAUUAUUUGGGCGUCAUUGUUUUAUAAAUUAUGCAAGUUUGUGUGAUUAAUGUUUCUUGUGUAAUUACAUGUUUGAAGAAUAAAAAUAAAUGCUUAUAAAUAUGUAUUGGUUUGAGGAUUAAGCACAUAAACAUCACCAACCUCACUGAGUAACACACUCAGUCUUCUGUAAAUAACUACAAAUUGACAUGAAUCUGUACUGUACAUGCAAAAUGUGUUGUCUUAUGUGUACAGUAUAUACAAAUUCAUUUUCUAGCUAUGACAAAAGCUUAAGCCAUUGAGAGGAAUAUUAAAAGUAAUAUUGUAAUAAAACUUCGCUAAUGAUCUUUUCCCCAUUAUCAAUUUUUUCAUUUGUAUCAGAUCUUCUUUACAACUCACCGUUACGCUUGUCAGCUUAGACUCAACAGUCUGUUAUUUUAUUCUGAUCCUGGAUAAAGUAUUUUGACUCAUUUUGUAAAUACAAAUGUAAAAAUAAGAGAUUUAAUGUUGUCUUUUAAAUACUCUGAUUUUCAUUCUAAUAUGAAUGUUGUUAUAUUGUACUUAGAAC